AUGACUCAAGUUAGACUCGCAAUCGGCUACAAUGCCCCUGCAGCCUAUGAGAAAUACGGCAAAGAUAUCUGGGACCUAGUAGAAACCAAAUUCGGUGAACUAGGAAUCGAGGAAUUCGGACCGUUUCGUUCUGCACAAAGCUAUCCCCCUGUUCAGUUUGUUGGUCUUGAGGUACCGUAUAAUGUCUCUAUAUAUGAUUUGAGGAGCGUUAAGCUGGGAGAGGGUAUUUGGACUGAUGUUUCGGUUGUGGAUGAGUAUUCAGAGGAUUGAAUGGGUGUUUUCUGAAUGGUAUCUUGUUGUUGCUGAGUCCAACGAAUCCAUGCGGAUUCUUUUUGCAAGUAGCGGUUACAGGGUUGAGUUUAUUUCAUCGAUGUCAACUCAACCUCAACCCUUUCGCAAACAAUUGAUCCUGUGUCAUCUCGCC